AUGAAACUAAAACAGAGUGAUGAAUCCCCUUCGUCGGAUGAUAAUUCGAGAGAGCGUGUCAUUGACGAGGGUGAAUCUUCAGAAAUAGAUAUCCCCCCGCUGGAACGAGCUGCUGAGUUUUCGCAGCCUUCACCCCACUUCAAAUCGCCGGAGAAGACUUCUAACAAAUCAUCCAACUCAAAGGUGGCCUCAAAUCUUGAUCCCGACGAGCCAACGCCGAUUCCCCAACGAAAGACAAGUUCUCCAAAGGAAUCAACUGAGAUUCCCCCUCGAAUACCGUUAGCGGAGCUUCUCCAAUCUCAGAAGAGCACCGAUGGCCGGGAAACUCAGGAAACUCAACCUUCUCAACUGAGCCGAUAUGAGAUGAUGGAGCGAGCUGCUGAGUUUUCUCAAAGAACUAGUCAAGAAGAACUACUCAAUGAUCAGGUGCCUUCGGAUCCAGAGAUCUCCCUCUCCGUCAGCGGAGAACUUUUCGAUAAUGAGGUGCCUUCGGAUCCAGAGAUCUCCCUCUCCGUCAGCGGAGAACUUUUCAAUGAGGAGCUGCAGCCAAUGGAUACUACGGAGAUUUCCCAGCAAGAAGAAAAGAAAGCGAACUCCUCUCAAGGCUCCUCCGUCUAUGAAACGCCUGAAAAGAGUCUACCGAAAACGCCGAGUAAGGCUGAUCAAUCAGCACCCGCAACACCUCCUCAGCCCUCGAGAAAGCUUCGGCGAAGCCUCUUCAAUGAAAAUCAGGAAGAAGAACCGAUGGAUUCCCCGGAGAUAAUCAUGGCGUCCUCAGGAGACACGACGGUGAGAUCAAAAAAGGUCGAAGAUUCCUGGUCGCAGGUUUCUGGAGAGACGCUACGAGAGACUGAAGGGAGAAAAAGGAGAACUCACGAUGCGCUGAACUUAUGCGCCGGGAAGUCUCAAGAAGAAAGAAAGAAGAAGUCACAAGAAGGGAUAAACCAGACCCAGCGAGUGGGCGAUCUUUUAAACCACACAGCGCUUGCUCUCGACUCACAACAGUCAACCCAAGCAACUCAAGCUCGACAAGAGUCAACAUCAGCAACUCAACUUCAACCUCAAGAAGAGUCACAAGGGACUAAUGAAAAAUAUUUUACGCCUCCCACUUCUCCAACCUUGGAGAAAGCCUCAGCCACGCAGAAGACUUUCGACGAGGAUUUAGAUGACGAUUACUUUGCGAAGCUCAAAUCGCCGAAAAUUAACAAGCAAGCAGAUCAGGCUAAACAGCAAAAAAGAGUUAACAGAAAAAUGCCGAGAUCGAGAGCAAAACCAACGCGUGAUGAGAAAGCCUCUUCCAGUAGCGGAAAAGCCUGCAAAAAAAAACCGGGACCUUCGAAAUCUAAAGCUUCAAAAUCGCAAAGUCAGGAACGCUCGCAGCCACGAGAAGAGCAGGAGUCAGCUCAUAACUGGUCGCAGCAAGUUCUGUUCGAUGAAUCUGCGGAGGAUCGACAAGCACUAUCGCCUGAACAUGAUCAGUCCCCACCCGCGCCAAUUGACAGAGAGGACGUUCGCGAAUCUAUGUUUCCCACCUCAAACAAGAGAAAGCUUCAGACUCCUGAAAAGGAAGCGCAGGGCGAAGCAAGCGCGAAAGAUCACGCAGCGAAAAGGAGCAAGCACGAGAAGGAAAAUAUAACGCCUAAGAAAAGCGCUUCAAAGCCGACGAUUCUCAAGCCAGCUGUGGAUAUCACCAUUGCUCGUCGUCCAGGAAGAGAUAUUCAACGAGCAACUUCCUCACCGAAGCCUAAUCCUGCCUCGGUGAGAACAUCGUCGCGACCGAAUAUCCGACCACCGCCACCACCACCGGUCCCUGCUACGAGAGGCCCUGCUCCUCCACCACCAACUGGACCAACUUUUCAGCCUCGAGCAGCUACUCCAGUCAGUAGGAGAGCUGGAAGAGGAUGUAUGGUCCAGGAAGAUGUCCUGAGCGAGAUUUCGGACUUGUCUUCUGCAUUUGAUAAUGACAGUCCAGUUAGAGGAGUCGGAAAGAUGCAGCAAAAGAGUGCGAAACUGAGGCAUGACGAACCAACGUGCAGCAAGAAUUUAACACCUCCAGCGAUGCCACCAGAUGCUGAUCUUUCUAGCUUCUUGAACUCGAGCGAGGAUGAGGAAGUUGACACAUCGGAAGUUUCAGAGAUUUCAGGCAUAUUCGACAACACUGCUAACGUCACCAAUCAUACGUCCGAGAGAAACGUUGCAGUCACUAAUGGUACCUCCGAACAGCCUGAGCCUGCGUUUUCUGGCUCUUCUUUAGAUGUUUCCUCCAGAAGGUCGGCACGAAAGGACGAUAAAGGCUCUUCAAUUGCUGAUGCUGUAAAAAGACGACGGAAAGAGAAGUCUGACGAGUCCGCCAGUGAAGUGUCAGUCCAACCAGCUUCCAGCUUCAAGCCUUACAAGUGCCCAGAGGCGAACUGCGAGAUGGCCUUUGUAACAUCUAAGGAUUUGACGAGACACAGGCGGUACAAACACACCCACGAAAAACCGUUCAAAUGCACUUUGUGCGAAUACGCUUCCGCCGAAAAAUCAAAUCUUCGUCGCCAUUUGAAAACUCACUCGGGCGAAAAGCCCCACGAGUGUCCGCACUGCAAGGCGCGAUUUACGCAGAACAGCAGUCUCAAAGUGCACGUCAUGCAGCAGCACACGAAGACCGCGCCGAAGUUCGAAUGCGAAAUUUGCCACACGAUGUUUGGCCGAAAGUCCGACUUGAAUGUUCACUUGCGCAAGCAACAUUCUUAUCAAGAGAUUCCCAUGCAAUGUCGCUACUGCGAAGAACUCUUCCACGACAGAUGGUCGCUCAUGCAGCAUCAAAAGACGCACCGCUCCAAAUAA